CACUGCUACGCUCUGUCGUUACUGAUUGUCCUGUUUGUGACAAUCUUGAUUAUUAUUAUUUUAAAUGAUUUUGUUAUUGAUAUUGUUAAUGAAUAAUUUCCAAAGUACUCUUUGGAAAUAUCUACAUUGUUACGUCAUGCUGAUAAAGCAAUAGAAAUUGAAAUCUUCAUGACAGAAAUCUUUGUUGAUCACCCGGAAGUACCUUAAAAACAACCACGGAGGAGAAGAUGGAGAUAGACUACCAACCAGAGGACUCGCCUGUCUCCUUAUUUGAUGAAGACUGUAUUGAUCAUGUGAAGGACAUGAGGUUGGAAGCAGAGGCAGUGGUCAACGAUGUGUUAUUCGCCGUGGCUGAAAUGUAUGUGUCCUCAAAUUUGGACAGUGCUUUGGCUGUGGCCUACAUCAACGUGGAAACAAGAGAGGGCAAUCGUUAUUGCCUUGAGCUCAAUGAAGCUGGACUAAGGGUGGUUGGCUACGUCUUUGACCAGGUGGAUGAGAGCUUGAGCACCCAAUACUUUGAGACCAUUUAUUCACUGCUGGAUACCCUCAGCCCAGGCUACAGAGAAGCCUUUGGGAAUGCCCUGCUACAGCGAUUGGAGAGGCUGCAGCAAAAUGGACAAUGAAAGACAAAAUGGAGCUAAUGAUGUGGAAGUGAAACAAGGGUUGUAGGGACAUCAAUUGUACUAUACGAAUACAAACAUAGCAACCAUUCUCAUCAGGUUAUUGACCAGACAUCUAGCUACUACUACAGUACUAAUGUACUACUAAAAGCAUCUGCGUGGUCAAUGCGACGUCUGCAGUGGCCAUACUGCAUUUAUUGCAAUACGGCCACUGCAGAAGUCAGGGCAUUUAUACUUUUUGCGCUUAGAGGAGUAGAGCAGAGCUGUUAUGAAGGAAGUGAGUUUGUGUAUAUACAGGACCUCCCGCCCCCACCUAGCGUCAACCAAUUAUGUCAAUGUGGAGCUAUACGGAGCCCUCCGCAUUGGGUUUCAUGUUCAUGUUAUUCACAACAAUGAUUUAGACCUGCUGUGUCAGUCUGUGACUAGGAUUAUCUUCUGUCAUUAUUCACAUUCAGGUUUGUGGCUUUUGUAAAGAACUGUCUGUCAAGUUUGACAAUAUGUCGCAGUGUUUAUCCCCCCGGAACUCCCACACUUCAUUAACCCUGCUCUACCUCUACAUAGUUAGAUUAUACUUUAAGUAUGUUACUUAAGGGCCUCCCGAGUGGCGCAAAUGUCUAAGGCACUUCAUCACAGUGCUAGAGGCGUCACUACAGACCCGGGUUCGAUACCAGGCUGUGUCGCAGCCGGCCA